ACGGCCAAUGUUAAGUGAGCACACGUCAUUCACCCCUUACCAAAAAUUAACAUAGACCGUCCAAAACAAUUUGGCCGACAAAAAUGCAACAAUUCAUCGGUCGAAAUGGAAACCGUUAGCUACGUCAAAAUAGCCUAGUAAAUCUGUGUAUCGUGAGGUCCUGGUGAAGAUUAACGACAGAUUGCCUCUUUUCAGUGCAGCGCUACAUCAUUGAAAAUGGUCUCUUGCUAAGCAGCUAACUGGCUAGCUGGCUAGUUGGCUGAGACGAAAACAGCACGCAGAGAAUGGCAGAUGAGCGAGUGGGUGAGGGGGGAGCACAACAGGCCUCGUUCAUCUCGCCCUGGCUCAAAAUUGGACACAUAGAAUUUGCCAACUGCAUGAUUGAACGAGGCAUUCAGAAGAUGUAAUAAUUAUUCGAAAUCCCUCUCUCCCCCUCUUGGUUGACUGUCUCACGUUCCAAGCUGCGAAUCGACUUCCUUUUUGCUAUCGAAGAUUCUUCGUUUCAUGAAGUGAGGGACAACGUGAGGGGGAAAGUGUGGAAAUCCACAGUCUUUUGGGAUUGGGGAACAUGCAAUAGAAGUGAAAACAUUUUUAAACUGAUAUAAUAUCCUGGCAGAUCCUAAUCUACACCUGUCAACAUCACACUACUUUAAAGCAAACAGUGCUGAAUUCUAUAUUAUGUGAUUAUAAAUGUGCUGCAGAAUUGAAGAUUUACCUGAGAAGGUGGUCCACAUAAAAUUAUUAUAAAUUGUCCUGCUCAACAUCUAAAAAGGGACCUCGGCACAUUAAAGCAUGAAAUGCUAAGUGUCAUGCAAAAGACUUUCUUAAGAAGAAAUAGUCAACGUGCAAUUUCCAUGCAUGGACAAAUCAGAGAUGCACAGCAAAGCUGUGAUACCUUGUCAGGCAAACACUUUGAUUACACAUUGCCAAUAUAGAUUGUGAUGUGAUACUUCUGAAGCACUUAAAAAGGACUGUUAUACAUGUCCAACAAAAUAAUGGUAUUUAAUUGAAAAAAAAACUGAUAAUACAAGAAACAAAUUAAGUAUCACUUCCUCACUUAAACCAUCUUUCCCUGCCUCUCUUGAAAAGAGGGUAGGUCAAAAGUGAAGAAUUGUCAUUUGUUCUGAAGAUUUUGUUGAAAUGUUCAAAUCAGAAGCUUUUUGCAGCAGUUAAAGCAGCAUUUUCUUGAAGUGAGAUUGCUCCAGCUGUAAAUCUGUUUUGUGGGUGGAGUCCUUGUCGCCGCUCCAGGAGCUGGUGGUGUGCCUUUUGCACCUCCAUGUCCCCGUGAGUGGGAGAUGUUCCAGUUUGGAAAAUACAACUUGGACAUCAUAGAGAUGCUGAGUGGACACCAGGCUCAUCAGUUCAAAGGCCUUGGAUUAGAGCGACAGCUACAGCAUCAACAGCAAGUACAACUUCAUCAGCACCAGCUACAGCAACAGCAACAGCAGCAGGCAGAAUCAUCCGGAGCACUUCUGUCAGGACUGGGCCUGGGACCUCUUCAGGGGUCCCGGAGCAACGCCUUCACUGAUUCCACGUCCAUUUUUGCCAAAAUGAGUGCCCCUCCCCCACCUUUGCAACAACAGUCUCUGUCUUCAUCCUCGCAAAGUUCUCGAAAAUCUAGCAAAAUGUCUGGUAGUAGCAGCAGUGGAUACCCUCAGUUUUUACGAUCAUUUCACCCAUCUGAUGCAGCUCUUGCCCAGGAGCAACUGCAUCCUGGAGUGGGUCGCUUUGAACACUUUGGAGGCAGUGGCAGCAGUGGAAGUGUUGGCGGGCUCGGAGGAUUGGUGUCUUCCGGACCCCCACCCCCUCCCCCAUUGCAUCCUGGACUCUCUGUUCCCCAAGCGUCACCAGGGCCAUCUUCUUCUUCUCCAUCUCCGUCAAGCUCAGUAGCAACCUCCAACAACCCCCCCAGCAGCAGUGCAGUCACAUCUUUAGGGCACCAGUUGGUCGGAGCCCAGUCUGACGCCCGCAGCCUUCAUCAGCAGUUCAGCUGUAUGCUAGCCGCCAAUCAAUACUUUCUCUCUGGUGUUCCAGCAAAUGCCAGCUUGGAGCAGUUCUUGGUACAACAAGGCAGCCAUAACCACCUUGGUCUUGCUGGUGAUUCAGGCUCUGGCCUCGCACCUCCUCCUGCUCUUCAUUCCUCACAUUCUCACUCCACCCCUCCACAGCAGCAGCAGCCGCCCCAACAGCAGCAGUUGCCCCCUCAUACUCUGUCACACCCUCACUCCCACCCCCAUCACCCUCUUCAUUCAAGCUCCCAGCCUUCAUCACUAGGUAGUUUUGACUUUCAAGGUAUCCCAGUCCUGUCCUCAAACCAGCUAGCUUCUCUCAUGCAGCAAGAAGCAGGUCUUCCUCUCCCAUUGCCUCUUCAUCUCUCUCUCUCCAAGGACGAUGGAAAAGGGGACAGUGGGGGAGGGAGUGGACAUAGUGGUGGAGGUAGGAGAAAGAAAGCUAUGGCAGGAUACAUGCCACAAAGAAAAUCUGAAAGCAGCAACAACAGUAGCAGCAGUAACAGCCACGGUGCUUCAAAUCCUAAUUCAAGUAGUACUGGUUCCGGCGGACUCAGUCAGAGCUCAUCUUCAGGCCUUGUGGGUGGAGGUGGAGGAAUUGGGAUGUCAGGUCAUGGGCAGCCCCCCUCUCUCCUUUCUUCCUCGUCAUCGUCUGUGGUGUCAUCGUCUUCCUCUUCCGCACCCUCAUCAACCUCAGCAUCUGUGUUGGUGACGAAUGGCUCACACCUUUCCAAGCCUAACAGUCAUGGAACCAUGGGGCCUCCUCCUCAGCCUGAACCUGAGCCCAUCUACCAUUGCGGUGAAUGUGGCAAAACUUUUACACAUCUUUCAAGCCUGCGAAGACAUCUGCGCUGUCAUGAAUUGACCACUGCAGGUACAGCCGGCACCAGAAGUAAUAAUCCGAACCCUGUACAGCACCCUGCCGAACGGAGUGUUCCGCACUCAAGUCAGCCAUCAAGUUCAGCUGCUGCCGCCGCCGCCGCUGCUGCUGCUGCUGCCGCUGCCGCUGCCUCAUCCUCCUGCCCAAGUCCUGACAAGACUUUCCACUGCUCCGAGUGUGGGAAAGGAUUCAAGAAAAAGGGGCAUCUCAUUCAGCAUGGCGUCAUACAUUCAGGAGCAAAGCCGUUCGCCUGCUCCACUUGCACUCGUGCUUUCAACCGCCGAGAGUCUCUGACACGCCACGAGAAGAUCCAUGAAGAGAAACCGUUUCGCUGCCCCGCAUGCGGACGCUGUUUCCGAGAGAGCACCUCUCUGUUGAACCACGCCGCCUCUGGCACGUGUGGAAAACCAGGGAGGCCUGCCAGACCACGGAGUCCUGGAAUCGGCGGUGCCAUGGGUGGUAAAAGCAGUAAGAGUGGCACAGCCAUUGACGGAGGGAUGGGUAUCAGUGGUGUAGGUAAAUGCUGGGGUGGGGGAGAGGUGUGAAGCCUUGGAAAAUUGGCAAGUAAAAGACAAAAUAUAGUCUUGAAUUUUUUUAUUGGUCUGGCUUGUCUUUUUUUUUUUUUUUCUUGUGUUAAAAAAUAUCCAUAGAU